UGGUUUGACUGGCGCAGACCGAGUCGGCCGAACACACGUUCUACGUGGCGAACCGGAUGUUCCUGCAGUCCAACUGUCCGCUGCUGGCAACCUUCCGGUCGCAGAUCGAGGCCAAGUACAUGACCACCGCGCAGAACGUCGACUUCGAGAGCCCGGAUCAGACGUACGUGCGCGCCAUCAACGAGUGGUGCAGCAACGCGACCAACGGCAAGGUGCCCGCCGUGGUGACGCGAAAGACGUUCGGCGCCAGCUCUUCCAUGGUGCUCGUGAGCGCGGUCUACUUCAAGGGCCUCUGGAAGGACAAGUUCUACCCGAACGCCACGCACAUGAUGAAGUUCUACGUGUCGCGGGCCGACACGCUCGAUGUGCGCAUGAUGACGCGCACGGGCCGCUUCCCGUACGCCGAGGUGCCCUCGCUGCGCAUCCGGGCUCUCGAGGUGCCCUACCGCACGGGAAAGCUCUCCAUGGUGCUGAUCCUGCCCACGGAGGUGGACGGCCUUCGGCUGAUCCAGCAGAGCCUGCUGGCCGGCGACACCCUGUGGGAGGUGACCAAGCAGAUGCGUCCACGCGCCAACGUGAAACUCGGCCUGCCCAAGUUCGUGCUGACGUCGCGCAACAAGCUGCGAGACCUGCUCGAGGGACUCGGCUCGCACCGGCCUUUCGACCCCGCGCAGGCGCAGUUCACCAACAUCUCGGGAUUCAAGGGCCUGCACACCACCGAGAUCAUACAGGCCGUCACCGUAGAGGUGUCCGAGGACGGCAACGAGAUCACCCGCACCUCGGCGCUGGUCAACGAGGUGGUGUCCAAGGUGGCGCCCACCACGCAGUUCCUGGUCGACAGGCCCUUCCUGUUCUUCGUGCGGAGCACGGCCACCGGCGCCAUCUUCCUUUUCGGCUGCGUCCGACAGCCGCUAGAGUGGCGCCUCGAGAGUCCCGACAACUCGGCGCUGGUCUGACUGUGUGGCCCCUUUGUCCGCAGAAGCCCGGUGGUCCGCCAUAUUUCGGAACUCCGAAAAGGAAUCGGUGCACGCUAUAUAGAUAGACCUGUGGAACGAGCCAUGCUUCUUUUUUUUUUUUACAACUUCUUACGUUCA